GGCAGAGCCUCGGGCCGGCCAGCACCUCCUGAGAUCCCGAAACCGCCCCGCGAUGGAAGAGGACCAGGAGCUGGAGAGGAAAGCAAUAGAAGAACUGCUUAAGGAGGCAAAACGUGGGAAGACAAGAGCAGAAACAAUGGGACCUAUGGGUUGGAUGAAGUGUCCCCUCGCUGGUACAAAUAAAAGAUUUCUAAUUAACACAAUUAAGAACACAUUGCCCUCCCACAAAGAGCAAGAGCAUGAACAAAAAGAGGGCAGUAAGGAACCUGCGAAGAGCCAGGCCCAGAAAGAAGAGCACCCGAAGCAGCACCGAAGCCACCCUUACAAGCACAGCUUCCGUGCCCGGGGCGCGGUCAGCUACUCGCCGCCGCGGAAGCGCAGCGCCCGGGACAAGCGCGAGCCGCGGCCCAGCCGGCGGUGAGGCCCGGGCCCAGCGGCGGGGACAGGCGUUGGCUGGCAGGGCACACCUGAGAGCCAUUUCUGCAGUAGGUCCUUUGUUUUUGUUUUUAAAGAGGCUGCUGGCAACAGGCAAAAAAAAAAAAAAAA